AUGGACUACUCUCUUCUGGUGGGAUUUGAUGAAGAAAAGCACGAGUUAGUUGUAGGGAUAGUUGACUUCAUUCGAACAUUUACAUUGGACAAAAGACUUGAGAGUUGGGUUAAAGAAAGCGGUAUAUUAGGUGGUGGCGGAAAAGAACCAACAAUUGUAUCACCUCGUCAAUAUAAAAACAGGUUCCGGGAGGCUAUGGAUAAAUAUUUCCUCAUGGUUCCUGACAGAUGGAUUUCUUAUGAACAACUAAAAAAGGCUUGUACGAAUUUACUGAUGGGAUUUUAG